UUGAGUAUAAAUGAAGGCCAGCAGGUGAGGGACAGUAUCAGCCGGGCUUGCUCUUGCAAAACAGAGCCCUAGGUCAGAGCCCAGGAGAGAAACCAGAGCCUUGCCAUGUCUACCUUGAUGCUGCUGUUUUGCUUACUUUUCCUGACUGACCUCAGCUCCAGUUCCGCUGCAGAGGACAACUGUAGCAACUUCUCCAUCACGUUGCCCAACAUGCUCCGAGAUCUUCGAGCAGCCUUCGGUAAAGUGAAGAUCUACUUUCAAAAGAGAGACAAGUUGGAAACCAGACUAAUAGACAGAUCUUUGCUGGAAGACUUAAAGAGUUACCUGGGCUGCCAGGCCUUGUCCCAGAUGAUCAAGUUUUACCUGGAGAAAGUGAUGCCUCAGGCAGAGAAUGAGGAGGGCGUCAAAGAGAAAGUGGGCUCCUUGGGAGACAAAUUACAGAUUCUGAGACUGAGGCUCAAACGCUGUCACAGAUUCCUGCCCUGUGAGGACGAGAGCAAGGUGGUUAAUCGCGUCAAGGACACCUAUGAGAAGCUCCAGGAACAAGGAGUCUACAAAGCUAUGGGGGAUUUUGACAUAUUCAUCAACUACAUGGAGGAAUACCUGACAAUGCAGAUCCAAAACUAAGAGGCCCCUCAGAUUGGGAAAACCAAGAUGGCGCCUCUGCUAGAAACUGUGGAACACCACAAGGCAUCUCCACAUUGAGAUGCUAUGGUUCCAUUUGAGCUGAGCCAGGUUUUGGAAACUCCAGUGACACUUCUCCCUAUCCCUGGGCUAUUUAUUACCUUUAUUCAAUACCUCAUCUAAGAUCUCUAUUUAUUUAUCAAACUUCUCUUUGAACUAUUUAGAAAGAAGACACCUAUUUUUAAAACUAUUUAUUGGUUGAAUCUGUUCAAUUGUAUCCAUAUACACAUGUUGUGUAUUUUUAAACUGUAUGUACAGGCUAGAUGUAUAUAAUGGGUGUAUGUGCAUUUAUAUAUAGAGCCUCUUUUUUCAGGAUCAGUGGAUUCCACUGUCCCAUCAGCCAAAUUGGUGUCCUUUUUCUGGGUCUCCUUGCCUAGAAUUACAGAAUUCUAGAAGCAGAUCUAGAAGGGACUGUGGGGGCUAUCUAAUCCAAUUCCUUCCUUUUCUAGAGAAGGAAACAGAUCUGGAGAGAUUGAAGUGAUUUAUCCAAGGUCACUGAAAUAGAAAAUUAUAAUGUGAGAAUAUGAACUCAGGGCCUCUGAAACCAAGUCCCACAUGAAUGCCACAGCAUCAUGCAUCAGCCUCAUGGACCUGCUGUCAUCACAGCCUCUUUUUCUUCCUUCAGAAAAGGGAACUGACAAAUGCCUUGGGCAACUCUCUACCAAUGAUCUAAUUCAUGCUCGAGAGGGACUUUGGUUUGGGUUUUUUUUCCCCUUAAUCAUUUCAAAAUUCCACCACACCACAGCUCCCCCUUAUCACAUUCACCUCUAUCUGCUAUGGGCUUCAUUCUUGGAGGCCACAGACUGUAUUUUAUUUUAAAUUAUCUGAUUUUGGUUCUAAUAGAACUCUAUUUUCAUUGUAAAAGCUAUAAAAUUCCUCUGGGAAUUGCAAGGUAUAAUUUUGUAUCAGAAUUUUAUUUUGUAAUAAUUAAAAAGAAAAAAACACUCCUGAAA